AAUUCGUAUUUCAGUAAGGGUUCAGUUUCAUUGUUUCGUUUUGUUAACAGGACACAAGAUAUUCAGUAUUGUGGAUGUUUAAUGGUAAAGAGACGAUCAUUUCAGCACAGUGCUGUCGCCCCGAGCAAGUUUCCUAUUAAAAGCGAACAUUCGCCCAAACCUAAACAAUUCUUUCGGUCUCGACCUUUACAGCAGGAUGGGAAGAAAUCUCAGCGUGUUCUCCUCCAGAUUGAAGUUCCAGACUACCCAGAACUCGGCGAAGAAGAACCCAACAGUUCUCUUCCCUUCAAAGGCCUUGAAACAGACUUCCCCUGUCUCACUCGAGUACAAAAUGCUGGCCCAGAGCCUGAGUACGACAAGAUCACAAUGGGAUUCAAGGUCUACAAUCACGAGACUCCAUUCAUGCUGAAGUACAAUGGUGGAAUCCUGCCUCACCUCAAGGUGGCGUUCGAAACGUGGGGAGAGCUGAACGAGGAAAAGAACAAUGCUGUGCUUAUCUCUGCUGGUCUGUCUGCCAGCUCACACGCCAAGAGCCACCAGGAAAAUGUCCGACCGGGAUGGUGGGAGAAGUUCGUGGGGCCAGGAUGUGCUGUGGACACCAACAAGUUCUUCGUCAUCUGCACCAACAAUCUGGGAGGUUGCUAUGCCUUGUCUUUGCAGCCGUACGGAACAACAUUCCCCAUUGUCAGCGUAGAGGAUAUGGUCAACGCUCAGAUGCUUCUAAUGGACCAUCUUGGCAUCCAGAAGUGUGUUACCGGACUGGAAGAGGUCUUCCUCAUCGGACAUACCCUCUUCGCAGACGAAGAAAACCAGGUCAUCGUCUAUGCAGAAAAAGAAGGUGUCAGCAGCCAAGACUUCAUCGAAGUCUACUCCCCCGAGAUCCUUCACCACACGACGCAGUUGUUCAUUACAAGCCUCAGAUGCGACUUCAACGCAGAAGCAGUCAGCACAGAACUUCAACCUGGCCUCUUCAUGCAGCAGUUCACAGAACAGAUGAUGCAGCUAAUGGAACAACGCUUCACGCAGGAGAAAGCUGCUGCGACGACAUCGACGACAGCCCUGCAUGAAGGACCAGAAGUCUGCACAUUGCAUCCCAAUAAAGUACACCUACACGAAGGAGCAAGCCUGCACGAAGGAUCCAGUACCAGACGAUCAUCCACGGCACUUUCUAGAGACGUAGCCAACCUAAACACAAUGAUGUACCUGCACGCAGGAGCAGACACCGUCGAAGCCGAUCAACCAACUCAUCUGCACCUUCAGACGUGGAUCUUCAGGAACCUGCGCGCAGGCACUCCUCUUCACGAAGACAGAGGACUACAUCAAGACAGCCACUCGCCUGCAUGCAGGUCUUCAGGAAGAUCGCCACGCAGGUUGAUUUCGAAAUCUUCCUGUGCUCAGUCCCAUCCUUCCGCCAUCGCCUUCCGCUACCUCCAGCGAAAGUGCAUCAUGAGUGACCACAACUGGAACAAAGGUCACUACUACGACGGAGAUUUCCCCAAGAUCGGAAUGAAACUGGCCAGGGAAAUUGCCACCCUGACCUAUCGCAGUGGUCCCGAGUGGGACCAGAGGUUUGGGCGUGGUCGUAUCAACGACAGAGAUCCCCCGUCUCUGUGCCCCACGUUCCACAUAGAAAGCUACCUGGAGCAUCAAGGAGAAAGCUUCAGCAACAAGUUCGACCCUAAUUCUCUCCUGUAUAUGUCAAAGGCAAUGGAUCUGUUUGAUGUAUCUGAGGGCUUUGAUUCAUUAGAGGUGGGGCUAUCUCAAGUGACCUGUCCAGCGAUGGUCAUUGGCGUCCAGACCGACAUCUUGUUCCCCAUAUGGGAACAGCGCAAACUGGCCCAGGUGUUACAGGCUGCAGGUAACGAUGUAGUUACCUUUUACGAACUCAACUCCAUGUACGGGCAUGACACAUUCCUCCUAGAUCUGAACGGCGUUGGCACUGCAGUGAAGGGCUUCCUGGAGACGGACAUGUCUGAGAGAGGAAUACUGGCCAAGGAAGCAGUCAAGAGGAAGGUUUCCAUGAAGACCAAUGUCAAGCUGGAUUCUUGAACCCAGAGAAUCCAAAACCAGGAAUGCU